CAAACAUGGCGGGCGGAGACACCCACGUUCCUCUCAGCGCGUGAGCGGCCAAUCGGAGUCGUCUCGAGCCCUAAGCCGCAGCCAAUCACCGGGCAGUCUGCUCUUCUCGAAAACAUGUCGCCCAUGAAGCUGUGUGUUCCAGGUGACAAGCUAUGCAGCGUAGAAGACUGUAUUCCCGGCACAGGAGUAUAUCUGCGACACGGCUACAUAUACUCCUCACUCGCAGGCUACGUGCUCAAGAAAAACGAGGGAGAGGAGUUACCUGUGAUCUCGGUGGUGAGGGAAACGGAAACACAACUGCUGCCAGAUGUUGGAGCGAUCGUCACCUGUAAGGUGACCAGCAUCAACCCCAGGUUCGCCAAGGUCCACAUCCUCUACGUGGGUUCCACGCCGCUGAAGGACCGCUUCAGAGGGACCAUCAGAAAAGAAGAUGUACGCGCAACAGAGAAAGACAAGGUGGAGACCUACAAAAGCUUCCGGCCUGGUGACAUUGUCUUGGCGAAAGUGAUUUCUCUGGGUGAUGUUCAGUCUAACUACCUGUUGACAACGGCAGAGAAUGAGCUGGGAGUCGUGGUGGCACACAGUGAAGCAGGUGCCCAGAUGGUUCCCAUCAGCUGGUGCGAGAUGCAGUGCCCACGGACGCACGGCAAAGAGUUCCGCAAAGUGGCGCGAGUGCAGCCGGAGUAUCUGCAGGCAUGAGAGCCCUGAAAUGUCUUUCCUCCACAAGGAACACACAGCUUCCCCCUCCCUCCUUCGACCACUGAUGUCCAGUAGCCUCCCGAAUCAGUUUCAGAUGCUACUUCUGGUUUCAUGUCUUUCUUAAGUGUUUUCCCCUUUUAAAUAGCAUUCCCUAUGCACAUUGUUUCAUCAUUGGAUUGUGCCAGCUUGAAAACACUGAAGCAUCAUCGGGCCAAACAGCAAAACUGUCAGGACAUAUUCUAACCAAUGAAGCGACUGUUGUUAAGACAUUUUUUAACUUACUGUCACUUAAAGGAUAAAAUGUGUUGCUGGGUGCAUAAAUGUAAGACUAGGUCAGAUUAGUUCGGAAUGCAAAGAUAAUAAUGAACACUCUGCAUUCUGUACCCAGAGGGUUCAUCACAAAGGACAAUGGCUGGAUUUGGUCUGAAACCAGGGGGAUGUGAUCCAUCAAGCUGCGUAGUGAGCACUGCACUUUGAAACUUUUUUUUGGCACGAUGUGUUGCUGACUAUAGUUUUUUUUUGAUUACCUGGUCUAUCAAAGUGGCAGAAACAUUUGUUUAAAGACGUCAAACUCCUGAGGCUCGUUUUCUUUCCUUAUGGCUUUCCAGCUUUUCCAGUUUCAAGUAAACAGGCGGACAAAUGUUGUCCACACAGCAGUUUAAAAGGGAAAUGAAUGUGAUUGAGAGGCUAGUGUUCAAACACCCACAACACAGCUACCAUGCACGGAAUACCGAAGUACAUGAUAGUCAAAUAUUUCUUUAUUUACCAGCACAAUCAGAAUUUAACAAUUGAGCCUUCAAAAAGCAAGCAGACCAUGUGUCCAUUUUAUGUCUGCAGUAAAGUGUAUUUGUCUUUGCUUAUUCUCAUCACUUUACAGCAGAUGUUGCAAGAUGGAAAUAAAAUGACUUCCAGAAA